AUGGCUGAGGAACUUGGAUUGCACUUUUACAGGAUUUCCCUAUCCUGGCCCCGCAUCCUCCCGUCUGGUUUCCCCAACCACGUCAAUGAAGCCGGCAUAGCGUACUACAACAACCUGAUCAAUGGACUCCUGGAGAAGGGGAUAGAGCCGCUCGUCACGCUAUACCACUGGGAUUUGCCGCAGUCUCUUCAGGACCUUGGUGGUUGGGCGAAUCCCUUCAUUGCAGACUGGUUUGAGGACUUCGCGAAGGUGGCAUACAAUCACUUCGGAGACCGCGUCAAGUUCUGGCUGACGAUCAAUGAACCGCUGAUCGUGUGUGAUGGUGUUUACAACGCUGAUACUUUCGCUCCUGCUGUCAAAAGCCCUGAAGUUGGGGCUUACUUGUGCAAUAAGUAUGUGAUGCUAGCCCAUGCCAAGGCUUGGAGGCUGUAUGAUAAGGAGUUUAAACCUAAAUAUCAUGGUAAAGUGUCAAUAGCGAAUCAAAUUAUCUGGUAUGAACCUACAUCUCCUGAGCACGAGGAUCUUGCAGAAUUAGCCAGACAGAAUGUAGGAGGCAGGUACGCCCAUCCUAUAUACUCGAAAGAAGGUGGAUGGCCACCGACUAUAGAGAAGGUGUUAGAAGAAGUCAGUUUGAAGAGAGGAUACCCAAGGUCUCAGCUGCCUCCGUUCACACCGAGGAGAUUGAGCUCGUUAAAGGAACCUACGACUACUUCGCAUUCAACCACUACACUAGUCGUCAGAUCCGACCAGCGAGGGAAGGCGAACAGUUCACAGCCUGGCCGCUAGGUGACGCCAUCGAUCUUAACGCCAUCGUUGAGAGGAAACCGGAAUGGUCACAAGCUUCUUCUUCUUGGUUCUAUGUAAAUCCUGAAGGUCUGCGUAAGGACCUGGUCUGGUUGAAGCAGCAGUACGGAGAUAUGGAGUUCAUGAUUACUGAGAACGGACUGGCGACAAGAGGAGGACUGGAUGAUCAGGAAAGGGUCCAAUAUUAUAGGGAUUAUUUGGAACAGGUCCUACUGGCCAUCAAGGAGGAUGGUGUGAAUGUGACAGCUUACACUGCCUGGACACUCAUGGAUAACUUUGAAUGGAUGAAUGGUUUUGGUGUGAAGUUCGGUCUAUACGAAGUGAACUUCACAGAUCCGGGGCGCAAGCGCACGCCGCGUGCGUCUGCGCAUUACUACGCUAACGUUAUAAGGACACACUCACUUGAUGUACCUACGACGCAGAAUACAGUUUAA